UUUAAAUGGAGGAAAGACAAGGGAGGAGCAGAGUGAGACAGAAAGAGAGAGAGAGUGAGAAGGAGAUGUAGUAAAAUAAGCAGAGCUGUAUUCAUGGUUUCCUCUCCGUAAGAGAAGUGCAUUUAGAUAAGACAGAAGGAUUUUACAGAAAGAAAGAAGCAAAGGAAAGAGAAAGAGAGGGAGAGAGAGCUAUACACAUUUAAGAGGAUUUUUCUAAAAGCAUUCCAACAAUCUGAGGAGGAGUUAUCUCAGAUCAGCAUCUUGCGAGAUGUUUUACAAGGACUCAGCUCACUGACCUCUGAUGAAGAGGUGGCUGAACACGGAAUAUUUUUUCCUGUUUUAGAGCAAAAUUCUCUCUUCCUUUAAGACAUUUUUUUUUCCUGACUGAAAUAAUUUGACAGUCACUUUUCAAAGAGAUUUUAGCACCUCCUUUGCAGGAUACUUGAAUUUCAAAGAUAUUCCUUGACUCCUGAAAACCUUUAAGGCAAAGUGCUGAAUGCUUUUAAAGUUGACUGGAAGUCAACAAAUCUCAGAAAAGCAUUAACCCUUUACUUUAACUUAUAAAUGCUUUUGGGCAACUAAUUUAUGCUUUCAUUUACUAAGCUUUGAAAAGACAGCUGUUCACGUGAGCUGUUGGAUUUGAAGUUGAUCCUGUGUAAAUUGAACUUCUUGUCAAUGAACAGUUUUUAGGCUUCAGAUUUGCCAAGCUGCUGUCGUAAAACUUGCACAGGCAUUUCCGAUUUCAGCAUCUGGGUGAAAGAGAGAAAGAGAAGGAAAGACAGAUGGCUCAGAAAGAAGGAGGAACGGAGCAGGGGCGCCUUAAAACAGAGGACGGUCUCGGGACCAAACCUAUGGCUGGGGCCCCCUUGGCUGGUGGAGGAGUGGUGGUGGAGGUUCGGGAGAAGAAGGGACCUCUCCGGGCUGCAAUACCCACAAUGCCGUUCCCCGUGGCUGUCAUUUGUCUUUUCCUAAACACCUUCAUACCUGGGCUUGGAACCUUCGUCUCGGCGUUCACCGUGCUGUGCGGCGCACGCAGCGAGCUGAUCUCAGAGAGAGGCGUGUGCUGCGUGUUCUGGCUCAACGUGGCGGCUGCCCUCAUCCAGAUCCUGACAGCCGUCAUAAUGGUUGGAUGGAUCAUGAGCAUCUUCUGGGGGAUGGACAUGGUCAUCCUGGCGAGUCAGUAGCUGCGUUUAUCGCCCCUCUGCUCGCUCUUCUACAGUUCCGCCUUGGAGUGAUUUUAGUGUUGACCUUUCACCUCUUCGUCAUUUCGCAGGGAUGUCACCCAUGAGACCUAAACGCAGUUCAUAUUCAUGCGUGUAAUAAGUGCAACAUGUUUCCUUUUAGGUAAAAUGUGGACUCGGGAGCAGAUUUGGUGAUUUGUACCCUCCUGUAAUCAUUCAGUCAUUCAUUGACAUUUAUUUUUAAAAAGGCCAAUUUAUUCUACUUCGGUCUACCCUUGCUCACACUCAUUUAUUGAACUAAAUGCAACAGAUUCCAGUAUUUUCACCUGAAGCCCCUCGGGGAAGCUGAUGGAGGUGAUGAAGGUGACGCAGAGGUUUAGAGUGAUGGGUACACGCUCCUGUCAUGGUGUGCUAUUUUGGGGUUUACUUCCCUCUGGAUCAUGCCAGCUUUUUGGAUACAUAUGCAGGCAUCGCGUCUGCAUAUUCUUGACUCUGACUGCUUGACAGACGUGUCGACCACUCGCAGUGGCGGACGUGGAGAUGAGCUGCUGCCUUGUGCUCUGGGUCAGACUCCACGUCUUUAAAAAAAAAGAUCUUUGGGCGAGCAACCAAAAUGAGCUGGAAACAAAUGCUAUUUAAACAGAAUAGCAUCCAGGCUUGAGCGGUUUCUUUGUGAAUAUUCCUCUACAGAUUCGUAGAUGAACUGUUGUGGUUCAUUAUGGUUUCCGGGUUGUUCCACUGUGACACAGUGACCCAUUUCUUCACUUUGUGAUCACCUCACGUGUUUUAGCUUUCUAAGAUCAAGAUUGUAAAUGAUGCGCUUGUUGCUGGAAAGAUAAACCCACUUUUUUUUAAGCAAGAAGGACAAAAAGAAUAGGAAUCACAAACAACAUGUUAAUUAAGUGAUUGAAGUGCUCACUUUUAUGAUUGAUGUGAUGGAUACUUAUUUUGAUUGCUGGGAUUUAUUCAUAGCCAAAAAAAUAAUAAUCUGAAUUACACCGCCCCUGUUCUUUGGUAGCAAUAUUACCAAAAUAAUAUAAAACCCCCAUGUAUUCAAGAUAUCUUGUAUAAUUUAUAAACAACAGAUGCAAGAGCGUGUAGAACAGAGAUGGGAAGGUGGGCAAAUUUCGCCUCCUUCUUCCUUGACAUGAGAUGUAUUAUUCUUACUAUUAUUCUACUUCUUCUUCUUCUUCUUCUUCUUCUUCUUCUUCUUCUUCUUCUUCUUCUUCAGGAGUGAUGCCUGAACUGGCUCCAGCAUAGAGAAAUAGUCUCUAUCCCCCCCAGUGAGCUGAAGCAGCCUUUGAAUUAGUGCAGAACUGCCUCCUUUGUGAGCACGCAUGAGGUGGUUGCUGCCUGCGUGCGAUCAAAGCACAUCAGCUCACACACACACACAAACCUGGAAGACUGCGUGUGCUUGCAGUGCUGUGAGCGUCGAGUGUGUGUUUGGAACCAGCAGCCCCGCUGCGUUUUUGUGCACGGAUCCCGACUGGCUUUCAGGCCUCCGGGUUCUUGUCUUCCUCGACCAUCACUCCUAAAAAUGUCUGCUUUCUGCUGGCUGCAGCAUUGCUGGGUAUUUCUGCUGCCUUUUCUGGUUCGAGCCGAACUCGUUCAUGCAUGUUUGGGUGGAGGAUUAAUUGUUAGGUCAUUAUUAUAGCACAAGUGUCUGCUUCUCUGGGAGGUAAAUGCUCCUUUUCAGCUGCACUCCUUGUCUUUCUUUUGCCUCCAGCAAUUCAAUCGGAAAUAUUGGAUUUUUAUCAGUUCUCCUGUUCUCUUGAUCAGCCUCCAUAUCUCUUUCCAAGUUCUCUCUCUCCAUAUAUGUAAUGAUUUUGGUGUUAUUUUCCCCUUCUGAUCCUUUUUCCUCCUUCUCUAAAAAUUAUUUCAAUUUGAUCUCUCUUUCUUCUUUUUUUCCUUCCUUCCUCUGCCUCUGCUCACUAUCUUCACUUCUAUGCCCCAGUCUCAGAGUUGUGUUGCUGUAAAUCCUUUCAGUAGCUCAUGUAAUAUAUCUGGAUUAAGAGAUGAGAUGAUUUUUUAUACAUAUAUAAUUAUGACUAACCUUGUCUUUGCCUCUUUUUUCCUUCCUCUGCUCUCCUUUUGGAAAGUUUCUGAUGGCUGUAGAGACCAAGGUAUCCCUCAAGACGUCUGAGACGCUUCUCUCUCACAUUCACGGACGGAUCAUGUGAAGCUGGCCCAACAAAACCACAAGGAAGGGAAACUUUUAACGCCUUUUAACUUGAUGUCGAGUUUACAACAGCGUAUGGCGGCGACGUGUAAAAAAAUGAAUGAAUAUGAAUCGACUGAUGGCUGGCUGCUGACUUGGUCGACACCAGGCUGCUUUUGUGUUUGUAUUUAACAAGAAUUUGGACAUUAAAAAAAAAAUUUAUUGUGUUUUAUCUUAGAGAGAAAUGUUUUUCUUGGCUUUUGUUUUGGUCUAAAAGGAAUAACUGCUCGUGUUUGACUUCAGCAUUAACUUGAAAAUCCAGUGAAAUUGGAAAUCCAACAACAAUAACAACAAAAAAUGAUUUCACAUGAUCAUACGCUGUUUGUGAAAUUUGUUCCCACUGCUGAACUGGAAGCUGAGCAGCUAUGUGUCGCAUUAUCUCCGGUGUCUCUUACGAGGUUCACUCUCCGCUUAUAGAGCUGUAGAUUAGCACAAGCUGGGCAUUAGCAAUUUUUCAUGUAAAUCUUGCAAUAUUUCUAACAUCCCCAUUAAAUUUCACCACUGCUUAAAAAUCUCUUAGUGCUUUCAUUGAUUAAAAGAAACAAAAUAUUCAGUGGCAAACUAACAGCCAGCGGUGGGUGCAAAUGGAAUCACAUCUUUCUCAAAUGUGUCUUUUUAUUUAAAACUAUACUCUUGUUUUAAAAGAAUAAAUUCACAAAGAUGUUUGCUAAGCAUAUGACUUUGGUGGUUCAAAUAUGCCUGUUUAAGUUUUUUUUUUUUCCAAAAGGAUUCAUCUUUCCUUGUUAUUUGAUUUGAAUUUUCACACAUCCUAAAUGUGUAAAUCUGUGCCAGUGGGACUUUACACAUUAUUCAAGCUUCAGAUCUAAUUAGCAAGUCUUAAAAUAGCAGCUCAUUGCGUUUGACGUGGCCACAACCCCGUCUGUCACUUUAAAGAAAAGACUAAACCUGAGAGUCUGUGGUCGGUUACAGGUCUGCACAGUGUUGUAUGUUAACUACAGUGUUGUAUUUAACAUCGGGAGUGUUAAAUACAACACUCCCGAUGUCGGAGACUGAAAGUAGAACAAUACCUGCAAAGGAAUCUGGGGGGGCAUUGGGUUAAAAGUGAGAAAAGUCUAUAAACUAUUCUCAAUCAUCCAUCAGAAGGCUUCCUUGGACUCGCUGCUCUAACAAGAGCUUUCUCAUGGUCGCCACAUGGUGCAUGGUUGGCUUGUUUCCAGGAACUUUAUCAGAGGUCAGAGAGCAUCCUGAAACCAAAUAGCUUCACCAAACUUGAGCAGUAAAAACUCCAGGAUCCGGAGCCAAACCAGGAUCAGAAGCUAAUAACGACUCAUAUUCAUACUAUGUUGUUUAUCAUUUUUGAUGGAGUGAGCCACUGGGUCACUUUGGCUCGACUGCGAUCAAAAGGAAUGCACCAAAUCAAAACCUCUGAGAGCUUGUUUGCUAAAAAUUUUUAAAAAGUGCGCAACGUGUGCUCAGAGAGGGUCAAGUAAGAGCUGACUCGAGCCAAGUGAAAGUUUGGGUUUUGAGUUUACUUAGCAAAUUUAUUCUGGAUAAGAGUCUGUUUUUCUUUUUAAAGCUAUACGCGAGCUGAGAAUAAGGUGAUACGCCGUGGACACAAAUGAUCACAGUUUGCUGCUUUCCAAGGAUCUGAUGAAGUUGUAACUACUCCAAUUAACACACAGCAACAGUGUGAAUGUAUUGAAAUUAGCGAGUUUUAUUCAAAAUGUAUUUGUACCCUCAGAGUUUCUUCAUUUGGUCAAAGCAUAGUGUCAUUUUAAAACUGGUUAAUAAUCCUGGCAUUAACAGAUAUUGCUUCCUGCCACUGUAAUGCAGGAUGUUGAGUGGUGGGACAGACAAAACGGCUCUAAAACAUAACGAUUAAAUUAGUAAUUGUGUCAGUUGCAUCAAACCUAAUGUGAAUAUUUCAGGUUUAGUUCCUGUACCUUUUAUGUGUCGUCUGUAUUUUUAACCAAAUGCCUUUUCAAUGACUCUGCUGUGUUUUAUAUAUAUAUAACAAAACAAUGUUUUUAUGUCUUUUUAUGUUGUACACUGUUUAUAUGCAAGAAAAUGAUGAUGAUAAUAACGAUGAAUGAUGUCUGUAAAGGUGAUAUUAUUCAAUGCCUUACAACUGAUCCAUGUUCUCUUAAGUGAGUGUUACUGACGUGUCUUCAUUUUAUUUCGAUUUAGAAGCAGUUUAAGCAACCAGAUCAAACAUAACACUGUAAGUAUAUAUUUAGUAACUUCUGGUAUGUGUCAUGGAAACCCUUGUAUUGUUUAAUAAUGACAUUGUGCUAGAGUUUUUGGCCAUGCAGUGCUGUAGAAAAGUAUUUGGCUCCCUCUGUCUUUGCUUUUCUUUUAUGUUUAAAUGUUUUAGAUGAGCAAAAAGUUUGUUUGUUUUUAUUAGAGAAAGCUAACCAGAAUAAGUAUAAAAUCUUGUUUUUAAAUUAUUUUGUGUUUCAAUGGAAGAAAGUUGUACAAAACAAGUUGUUGGAUUGAACAGCUUUUGUCACUUGGCUCCACAGAAUAUUUUCUUGCACUUGCAAAUACAAAUGGAGAUUUCAGAACUUUAAAUCAGCUUAUUUAUGUGGCACUCUAAACAUAAGCAGCUUGUGGAGUCAUGCAAUAAUUAAUAAUUAAUUACUGAAUUAUGUACGUUUUUUUUUCUAUUGAAAUAACAAAUGUUACUCUUUCUAGUUUUUCCUGCUUGUAAAUUCAACCGCAGUGGCGACGAGAGAGUUUCUGAGUGUCCUGCAGCAACCAUGUGGUCAGCCUUAGCUUCAUUUGUAUGUUCAGUUUUUUUUAUGAUUGCAAAUAAAAGUGUGAAUUUA